AUGCGGACCGUGUAUGAGCCGUGGUGUCACUCCGAGGUCGCGCGCCGCAGAGCUGCGUGCCGAGAGGAACAGCUGGGGCGAACCAACACCACCAACUGUCCGGCUCGGUGUGUGCGCGUGCGCGUGCGCGUGCGCGACAAGCCCUGCGCGCAGGUGGCCAGGGCGGAGGUCCAAGGCCUGGGGGAAUCGCACCUUUGUCGCUGGAGGGCUGGCUCUCGCGAGAACGCCCGGAGGUUACCAGUUACUGUUGCCAUGGGAGCGGCCGCACCGCAGCGGGCGGAGGAGACUUUACUGGCACCCUGCUCAGAGCUGAUGUAUGAGGAAACACCCCAAUAUGUCAGUGCCGUGUGGGUCCAGACGCCCAUGAAGGUGGUGUCACCUAGUGAGCAAGCUCCCAAUACAGGAGUUAUUUUUGAGAUUGUGCGUAUACAGACUUGUGCAUGGUUUCAGAAAAAGCUUGCACUUCCAGAAAAGAAGAGUUCAGGGGCCCAGAAGAGCAAGGAACUGCGAUGCAUUUUGAAAACAAAGAUGAAAAAUCCACAGCAAAAGAAAAAUGUAACAGAUGCAUUUUGGGAUGUCAUUCACUCCAAACUGCCUAUUUUGCCCAACACCAACAUGAAUAGCAGAUUAAAUGUGGAGACAGAUAUGCAAAGGGAAACAAGACUUGGUCAUUCACAGCUAAUGCAAGAGAAGUUUCCAAAUGAACAGAAAGUGUGUUUUUCUGUUAAUGUGGGUGGUUUAUCUAGCAGUGGGAAAGAUGGAAAAGAGGGGGAAGGGGAAUGUGAAUCUCUACUAGCCUCAAAGAAUAGUCAAGGCUUCAUAUUCAAUGUAUAUCAGACGGAGAACCAUGAACGUGUUAAAACAGAUGAGGAACUGAAACAACCAGGAAGUAUAAAUAUCCAGGUAAAACUACAAAUCCAUCUUCCACAAACUAUUUUGGAUUCUGCUUCAUGCCCCAUAUUUGAUCAAUUUCAAUUUGGAAAGCCAGAGACGUAUGCUAAGUUUUCCCCUCCAAACUCAGGGGAGGCAAAGACUGAUGCAAUAUUUUCUGCAAAGGAAUGUGUUGUCCCAUCUGAUACAAACCAUCAAAGGGAAGAGACUGCUGGUAUUGAGAGGAAAAAGACAGUGACUUUUGAUUCCUGCAUGUCUGCUUUUUCUAUAUCUAAGAGGAAGAGAAACUUCAAACAAUAUUCAGAUAUAAAAACAUUAGUGAGACCCAAGUGUGGAAUUUUAAAAGCAAAGAAACCAUCAAUUUCAUACAUACUCAAUAUCAAGGGUGGUGCUAGCCCAAAACACAGAGAAGAAUUGGGAUGUAACUUGACAACCAAAAUGGAAGCGGUGGAUCAAGGUAAAGAAAUGGCCGAUAAAAUGUCCUCAUUCAUGACUAUUGCACCUGACCUGAAUAUGCAUAGCAAGAUAGAAAAAGACAUGCUAGGAAAAAAAAGACUCCGUUCUAAACAAGUAAAGCAAGCGCUAUCACUACAUCAAGAGAACAUUACUUCAGAUGACACCAGAGAAACCAGUCUUCAAGGGGAAGAGGAAGAAGAAAGUGAACAGGAGACGUUACUAAAAGGAGUUCCAGAGCAGGGCAGAUACUUCAUAUUCUGCUCAGGCCAGAAGGAGGAACUUAACCUUCACAAAUCAGAAAAGGAAGGAAGUGGAAGAAUUCUGUUUGUUACAGAACAAGAUGUCCCACAACAAAUGCCGCCCACAGAUCCAAUGCAGGUAGAGGAGCCAAAGAAAAGCCACCAGACACAAAACGGCACAAUCUGCACAGCCAAGUCAAAGCUUCCUCUUAUAAAGUCAAAGGACUCACUAAGCGAUCGAGUUUUCAUCAAUCCAAUGGGAGGUGGUAUCCCAAGUAAUGGGAGCCAUCCGGGGGAACUGUAUAGUCAUGGUAAAGAGGAAGAGCCAGAGUUGAACAAAAAUCAACAAGCAACAGUUCUGCAGUCCUUGGCUGUCUCCACGCCUGAUCCACCCGAAUCUAAAAGGCAGAGAAAGACAUUUACGUGUACAACCUUCAAAUGUAAAAUGAGCUCCAAAUGUGUAACUAAGAAGGCAAGGAAGACACCAAUCUCACAGAUGUUUAAUAUCCCAGGGAAGGGUGGUCAAAAAAAUUUACCUUCAAAGAUACUGAAAUCAAGGAUUUUUGACUUUUUGGUAGAUAUAAACUAUUCUGAGGCAAAGAAUGCACUGAUUUCCCAGACAUUUAGUAUCACAAAACGUGGUCCACCAAGCCAUAGAAGGACAUUCGAAUGCAACUUCAAAGUCAUGAUGGGAAAAUAUAUACCUGUGGCAGAUAUAAUCCUAAAUGCCAUUUCCUCUGCAUUGCCUAUUUCAUUUGACAUGAAUGUGAAUAAUAGAAUAAAGGUUGAGAUAGACGAGCCGUGGAAAAUGAGAUUCAGUCAUGAACUACAACAGCAAGAGCAAUCACCAGAUGGAGAGCAAGCCUGCUGUGCCAGUUCCAGCGAUAAAAGGGGCAGUGCCCCAAACAGCAUGAAGAAAGCAAAAAACCCAGGUGGAGAAGUAGCCCCUUGGAACACUCAACACUUCAGUUUUAAUGCUCCUAAGAUGACAGAGCCUCUCUUUGUAUACCCAGAUGUAGAACGGAUGAACUCAGCAAGGAAAAAAGUCCCAGAAUUCCUUACCACUGCUCAGGAGCUGCAGCAACAAACACUUUUCACACAACGUGUAUUACAUCCUAUUCCUCGCUCUAUUUUGAAUGUACUUCCAUUUGAGAAGUUACCAAAAAACACACAAACACACACAGGAUUUAAAGAUACAAGGAAUCCAAAGAUUUCCUCUCCAAUGCCAGGGAAAUCAAUUGGUGAAUCUUUAAUGGACGCAGCACAGAGUGGCAUCCCAUUUGGAAAAAGCCCUGGAAAGGAACUUGCUAAUUCUAUUCCAGAGAGAGAGUUAAGGUUACAAAAGGAUUUACCAGCCAGAAACCUAGAGUUUUCUUAUUUCUCCGUGCCAGCUUCAUCUGAUUUUAAAGGGCAAAGAAAUGCUGCACAAAUCCCUAAGUCUAGAACUAGGAAAGCACAGAUGGUUUCAAAGACAAUUAAUGUCACCAGGUCUGGUGCCCUUAGCCAUGGAAAGCAACAGGAUCCCAUCUUGGAAAACAUGGCCCAACAAAGAUCUCUAGAGUAUAGUAUGACAUCAGGUGGGAGCCCUACAAGGAAGCUGGAUGUUCACGGGGCAGGUUCCCUACACUCUAAAGAAGAAAAGGAAGGCAUAGCAACUCAAAAAGUAAUAACUCACACAGUUGAUCAAAAUGUCCCACCUACCAAGUCAGGGAACUCAGUGCUUGGAGAUCCAUGUGAUGAAAGCUCUAGAAGGAAAAUGGAUGGUCAUAUUGCCAAGAAAUAUGAAGACUUGCAAAGAGAUUUACUAACAAGGUCUACCAUGUCUGUUUUAUCUGAGUCUAAAAGGCAGAAAGAACUAUUCAAAUUUUCAGAAGGAGAAAAUCUUACAGGUCCCGUAAGUGUAACCACGAAGACACAGAAGCCUCCUUGUUCCCAGACACUCACUGUCACUGAGCAUGGUACCCUAUACUGUAGGAAGGAACAGGAAUGCAACUCAAAAUCUACAAUAAAAGACAUGCAACAAAAGAAAAGCAUAGAUAAUGCAUUUUCAUCUCCCAUGCCUCUUUCAACUGAUGACAAAAUAGAUAUUGAAAUGUAUAGAACAUUAAAGGCAGAGAUGGAUCAACAAAGAGUAAGAUUCAAGAACUCUGUCUAUCUAAAGCUAGAGAAAUCAGCAUGUUACAGGGAAGCACAGAAGGCCAAUCCCACUGAUACGCAAAACAAUAGGUCAGGCUACACAAUGGAAAUGAAUGUGCAACAGAACAAGGAAGAGGUUGCAGUGGAGACAAUAAACCUCAUGUUGCCAAAAAAUAAAGAAGAGAAGAUGCAGGGAAGUAAAGAUGGGCCAGGGGUGCUUAUGACCCAGAGUUCUAAUUCAUUUCCAUCUCUCUCUCUCCUCAAAUGGAAUAAAGAAAUGCAGAGAGUAACAUAUGCAGGGGAGAUAGUGCAUAUUGAGCCAAUUAAUGGGGAUAUCAUGGAAAAUGUUCAAAACGAGAAACAACAUAUGCCUCAGGAAGAAGAGAUGAACAGAGAAAAAACAGUAGCUAUGAGAGAUAUGACACAUGCUUCAGAUAUAAGUAUGAAGUCAAAGAAAUCUUCAGAUACACUCUAUAGAACAGAAUUGCUCAUGAACAUUGGAAGUCAAGGACAGAAGAUACAUGAAGGUCAAGGUAGAUCACCUUGUACAGUGCGAAGGAAAGUUCAUAUUUCCAAACCUCCAACUGACCUCAAAUUAGAUAAAGGUACACAAGUAGAGGAAGAAGAACUUGGAAUUAAAAGACCCACUCUAUUUCCACAAAUGGUUUCAGCAUUAUUCGAUGCAGAGAAAACAGAAGAUAGAGAGACAAUCGGUGGUGAUGUAAGAAAAAGAAAACACCUAUCACACAAAGAAAAGGACAGAGAACAAAACAGAACCAAAGUUGACCAAGACUUGCUUGAAAUUACAGGGUUUUCUUUUUCACAAUUACAACUCCCUGAGUCCUCGGGUACAGGGAACAACAAUUAUGCAAAUUUCAAUGAACAUAUCAGCUCAUUUAAUACAAUAAUAGAAGCUUAUCAACUUAUGCCACAUACAGACACAAAGGAUAGAGUAAAAACAGAAGAUGAAAAAGGAAAAAAACUCCCCCAAAUAAUGACUUUGAGAAUGCAGACAUCCAUACCUACACAUCUGCUCAGUAAGAAAAGACAACCUUUGAAUAUUAAACAGAAGGUGGAAGAUACACAGAAGGACAAAGGUAAGCCAGACAUGGUCCUGAGGAAAGCCUGUGCUUCCACACCUUCUCCAUUUCACCUGAAAUGGGACACUAGAAUGAAUGAACAGGAAGACACACUAGGAACAAUGCAACCCUGUUUUCCACUGUUAAAUAUUAAACAUUCAUCCUAUUCAGGCAAAAAAGCAUAUGCUACGUCACUUGAAGGUUAUAUGUUAAAGAAGGACAAUAGACUCAAAAGAGAUAUUGAGGACAAAAUGCUCCCAAUGUACAUGGAUCGGAAGGCAAAGAAAUUACCACUAUGUACAUAUUCCUGUAAUAAAUGGACUACCUCCAAAAGCAUCUUAGAAUCAAAAUGGCAAAAUGAAAAGCAUAAACAAGAUAAUGAAAUUUUAUUCAAAGCACGUCUACCAUUCCUGAAUAGUAUGCAAUGUAGAAAAGAUAAAAAUACGCUUAUUGCAAAGCGAGAAGCCCAGCAACAAAUACUGGUCUCAGAAAGCAUAUCAGAGUCAGUUUCUUCUCCACUGAUGAUUCCAUUCCAAACUGAAAAGCUACAGAAGAAUAUGCCACCAAUAAAAUACAUACUACAAAAAUUAGGUGAGAUUAUUUCAUGUCCAAAAUCUGGGAAAGUAAGAUUUGAUUAUCUUUUAGCUGAUGGAACAGAGUAUAGUACGUCAUCUGGUGGGAGCCCUACAAGGAAGCUGGAUGUUCACAGGGCAGGUUCCCUACACUCUAAAGAAGAAAAGAAAGACAUUGUAGCUCAAAAAGUAAUAAAACACACAGUUGAUCAAAAUAUCCCACCUACCAAGUCAGGGAACUCAGUGCUUGGAGAUCCAUGUGAUGAAAGCUCUAGAAGGAAAGUGGAUGGACGUAUUGCCAAGAAAUAUGAAGACUUGCAAAGAGAUUUACUAACAAGGUCCACAAUGUCAAUAUUAUCUGAAUCUAAAGAGAAGAAAGAGGUAUUCAAGUUUUCAGAAGGAGAAAAUCUUACAGGUCCUGUAAGUGUAACCAUGAAGACACAGAAGCCUCCUUGUUCCCAGACACUCACUGUCACUGAGCAUGGUACCCUAUACUGUAGGAAGGAACAGGAAUGCAACUCAAAAUCUACAAUAAAAGGCAUGCAACAAAAUAAAAGCAUAGAUAAUGCAUUUUCAUCUCCCAGACCUCUUUCAACUGAUGACAAAAUAGAUAUUGAAAUGUAUAGAACAUUAAAGGCAGAGAUGGAUCAACAAAGAGUAAGAUUCAAGAACUCUGUCUAUCUAAAGCUAGAGAAAUCAGCAUGUCACAGGGAAGCACAGAAGGCCAAUCCCACUGAUACGCAAAACAAUAGGUCAGGCUACACAAUGGAAAUGAAUGUGCAACAGAACAAGGAAGAGGUUGCAGUGGAGACAAUAAACCUCAUGUUGCCGAAAAAUAAAGAAGAGAAGAUGCAGGGAAGUAAAGAUGGACCAGGGGUGCUUAUGACCCAGAGUUCUAAUUCAUUACAAUCCCUCUCUCUCCUCAAAUGGAAUAAAGAAAUGCAGAGAGUAACAUAUGCAGGGGAGAUAGUGCAUAUUGAGCCAAUUAGUGGGGAUAUCAUGGAAAAUGUUCAAAACAAGAAACAACAUAUGCAUCAGGAAGAAGAGACGAACAAAGAUAAAACAGUAGCUAUGAGAGGUAUGACACAUGCUUCAGAUAUAAGUAUGAAGUCAAAGGAAUCUCCUUCAUCAGAUACACUCCAAAGAACAGAAUUGCACAUGAGCAUUGGAAGUCAAGGACAGAAGAUACAUGAAGGUCAAGGUAGAUCACCUUGUACAGUGCUAAGGAAAGUUCAUAUUUCCAAACCUCCAACUGACCUCAAAUUAGAUGAAGAUACUCAAGUAGAGGAAGAAGAACUUGGAAUUAAAAGACCCAUUCUAUUUCCACAAAUGGUUUCAGCAUUAUUCGAUGCAGAGAAAACGGAAGAUACAGAGACAAUCGGUGGGUUUUCUUUUUCACAAUUACAGCUCCCUGAGUCCUCGGGUACAGGGAACAACAAAGAUGCAAAUUUCAAUGAACAUAUCAGCUCAUGUAAUACAAUAGUAGAAGCUAAUCAACAUAUGUCAUAUACAGACAUAAUGGACAGAGUAAAAAUAGAAGAAGGGACAUGUAGACUACUCCCCCAAAUAAUGACUUUGAGAAUACAGACAUCCCCACCUACACAUUUGCUCAGUAAGAAAAGACAACCUUUGAAUAUUAAACAGAAGGUGGAAGAUACACAGAAGGACAAAGGUAAGCCAGACAUGGUUCUGAGGAAAGCCUGUGCUUCCGCACCUUCUCCUUUUCACCUGAAAUGGGACACUAGAAUGAAUGAACAGGAAGACAUACUAGGAACAAUGCAACCCUGUUUUCCACCAUUAAAGAGUCAGCAUUCAUCCUAUUCAGGCAAAAAGGCAUAUGCUAUGUCAUUUCAAGGUUAUAAGUUAAAGAAGGAUGAUAGACUCAAAAGAGAUAUUGAGGACAAAAUGCUCCCAAUGUACAUGGAUCUGAAGGCAAAGAAAUUACCACCUCCACAUAUACUUAAUAUCAAAGAAUUGCGGUGUGAAAUUAAAGAGCAAAAGAGAAAAGUACAGGAAGAUAAAAACAAACUAGUUACGAAUAUCAAAAAUAUUUGUACCUCUUUGGUUACUCUACCAUAUCUUAAAUUUGAGGCCACAGAAAGAGAGGGGUGCAUGAUAAUAAUUGCAAAAGAGCCUCUCCCACAACCUCAGUCCAAGGAAUCAUCACAUGCAGAAGCAAUUGACGGAGAACUUUCCACUGAUGUAAAAGAAUUAAAAGAACUCAUGCUACAGAAAGAAGUAAAGACUAGAGAGAAAACCAUGGAUAUGAAUAGUAUAGUGGAUCCCAUUGAUACGUAUUUGAAAACAAAGAAAUCACCUAUUUUACUUAUAUACAAUCUAAGUGACCUUCAGAGGAAAACUAAAGAGCAAAAGGGAAAGGUUCAGAAAGUUGAGCCAACUGGUGUGAUGCUGACUAAGACUUGCACUUCUAGCUCUCCCCCAGUGCACCUUAACAUGAAUAUCAGAAUCAGGGAAAAGAGCAUUUCGCCAUUCACAAGAUCCUCCGUUUCCCCAGUACACUUCCAGGAAUCAUCAAAUGCUGAGAAAGUUGUAUAUGUAGAGCCAAUUAUUCCUGAUAUUCUAAUCAGUCCACAAGAGGGAAAGCAAUGUGUGCCACAGAAUAAGGAAGAGGUUGGUGUGGAGACGAUAAACCUCACGUUCCCCAUACAUCAAGAAGAGGAGACACAGGAAAGUAAAGAGGGUGGCUUUAACAAACCAAAAGAAAUAGCUUUACGGAAUGAAGAUGACUCAGGAGUACUUAUCAGAAGUCUCUUUAUUUCUGGGGUGAGUCUAUCUCAGACGGAAGAAAUGGUCGAAUCUGAGACAAAGCAAGAAAGAAAAAAGAGAAUCUGUUUUUCUAAAUUCCAGGAGAAAUCAUUAAUGGCUAGUGAAAUUGUUGAGAGGGACAACUCCAGCACUGUGAAAAGAGGAGGCCAGAAUUUUCCAAGCAUAGUUCCAGAAGAUUCUCAGCCCUCCACGGUGGGCCGACGACAAAUGCAAAAACCUCCUAGUGUUAAACCAGAAGAAAACCUCAGCAGUGAAGUGAAUAAAAUAAAUGUAACUCUACAAACAGAAGGAGGGGUUGUUUCCGGGAAUGAUAGCUCCAGGGUCAUAAAAGAACCUGACUUGCUUACUAUCGAGCAAGAGGAAAAGGCGCCAAAGCCCAUUCUGACACCCACAGAGUGUCCAAGCAUGUCUGAAGAUCCAAAGGGAAAUCAUAGGGAUCAGAGUGAGCCCAUACAGGACACAACCACACAAAAGGUCCAGCAACAAAACACUUUUUCAGGAACUGUACCUACACUACCCCAAGUUGAAAGUAAUGAAAUAAAAAUAGUGGCAGAUUGUACAAGUAAAGAAAGUCUACUUCCUUUUUAUGAUACAAUUAAAAAUGUCUUUGAAUCCCAGAUAAAAAACAUGAUCCAAGACAAAGUUUGUACUGAUAAACUGGACGAAGCAAAAGCUCAUUGUCCUGAUGAUUGGAAGUCAACACCUUUUUCAGGGGGUCUGGAUAUUACAUCCACAACAGAACAUCCUACAUUUCAGCCAAAACCCAUUGUAGAGUCAAAAGUACUCGAGAUAAAACUGAAUCUGAUACCCAAGACGGCAAAACAAUCCUUCCAAAAGUUCGACUUUUAUUCAAAACGGACUAUUUCAGUAGAUAACAGUCGGAGGCUCUAUCCAAGACACAAAAAAAUGAGCUUUUUAUCUCUAGAAGGGAUUGAUACUAUCAAACUUAACUUAAAACACAAACCCCAAAAAGAUUCCCCUCAGCUCAGCUGUAUGAAGACACUGACUGUUGUUUCAAGUGGCAGCAAGGAGAUCAUGACAAAGGUGAAGAGUAUAAGUAAGCUAGGAAGUGGAACAUCUUCAGUGACUUCUGCUAAUAAAAUGCCCAUGUCUCGAAUUCUCCAAAACUACUCAGAGGAAGAAAAAGACAAACUUCUCAUACACUUCUCUAUGAAAACAUUGGAGACCCAAAUGAAAGCCUUUCCCAAAAUUGUAACGGAAUCUUACUCAAUGGCCAAUAGUCAGGCUAGAAAGAAACCUUUAUCUAAAUGUAUUUAUUCUGGUGUCAAAGUACCAAAACAAAAAAACAUAAUUUCGUUAGGGUUUGAGGAAAAAUCUCUUCAUCAAAUAGAACUAGAUUUACGAAGUAAAUACCUUAGUUUUCUCCUGGGGCUUCCGGUAGAAAGUAUGAUCCCUAAGCCAAAUACACUUCCCAAACAUAUCCUUAAGUUAAACACAGCUGCGACGUGUAAAAAAGUAGACGAUAAUGGAGACAGUGGUCGUCUUUCCAUUGAUACAGAACUGUUAGAACAACAUAUCUCUUUCAAAAAGCGAAGUCCCCAUGAAAACUCAUCAUUGAUCAGGAGGUUCCUGGAGCCCACCCAUGCGUGUGCUUCUGACCCUGAACAACAUGGAACAGCACAGGAAGACACUACGAUUCUUUCAGUGUUAAAACCUCAUCUGACUCCAGAAAAAGAUAAACAUCACGUAUGGUUUCAAGAAACAGCUAGCUUAGCUAAUUACCAUUCAAUUCAGACUUUUCAAGAUUUUACUGACCGUCAAACAGAUAUUGAGAAUUCAGCUAACUUGGAAGAAUGCUCAGCUCUUGAAAAACAUGAGAAUGAACAAAGUAUGUUUUUAGAAGCCAACCCUUAUUUGAGUCAGGAAUCAGAAAAUAUGCUAUAUGAAUUACAGAAAAGCAUUCCUUUGGAAAAUCUUUACAAGAUGAAACAAAUCCAAACUGAUUUGAAACCACUUUACAGUGAUAAUUCGGUUUCUCAUCCUGUUGGAGGCUGUAGAAAACCUUCCUCAGCUGUGACAACGCCUUCCUACGAAUCCCACAGCACCAGGAAAUACAGGGCUCCCCCGACAGUGCAGUCUCCUCACUGGUUGUGUCACAGUUCACUAAAUACUGUGGAGGUUCCAUUUGCAUCGCCUACUAAAUUGAGUGAAGAGAAGCUCUUGUGGAUUACAGAAAGCUCUUUAGCUCCCUUAACAGAAUCAAAUCUUAAAUUACAUCUUGCAAAAAGCCAGGACAAACCUCACAGACACCUAGAAAGAAAGAAGUCAAACCUUGAUUCAUAUAGAAACAACGUUCAUUGGGACUGCUAUCCCAAUGAUACACAGAGGAAAGCAAAACGCACAAGGGAGAAGAAAGUUCGUGCUUGGGAGCCAGAAAGAGCAGGUUAUUUUCUGAGGAAACGUAAGUCAGCAUCAAAACCCCAUCAAGAAGAUUUCAAUUUCCAUUACGAAGGAAAACAAAACCAGCCGUUUUUUUAUGCCUGUGUACCAGCAGACUCACUGGAGAUUAUACCCCAAACCAUUCGCUGGACGAUCCCCCAAAAAACGUUAAGGAAGAGAAACUUCAAAGUUCCCCUAGUGGCAAAGAUUUCAAGUUCUUUCCAUAUGUGGAGUUUCUCCAAAAAGUUGGGGCGUCACUCUUAGAGUCCUUCGACCCAGUUUACAUUGAUAUUACCGUAUCUAGAUUCAUCUGAAGUAGAAA